AUGCCUCCGCUGGAACGUCAUCUUCAGAUUCCGGUCUCAAUUAAAGAUCCAACUCCUCUUAGGUUGUCUUCAGACCUAGACCAGAGCCGACAGGAAUGGUUCGGCACUAAGGGGAACCACAUAUCUGUGCUGAUACUUGCAUGGAGCUAUAUACUUUCAGCGCGCUGGGCUGAGAUCAUGCCAGAAGCCACACUCACAUACACGCACAGGAAAGCAUCCAACAGCGACAACCUCCAACAGGAGGAUUCUGCUGUGGUGGAUAUAGGUGCUGCUAGUAAUGACGCCGCGAGAUGGUGGGCUGCUAUACUGGCUACAGGCACGGGAUGGGAAGCCUUUAUCCCCAUCGACAAAGACAAGUUCUGGUCGCCUUGGUCAAUAUCUCUUCCGCCAGCACCAGGAUUCGGUCUUUCCUAUCACAACACCCAGUCCUCGCUGUCGGAUAGAGCCAUACCGGCUGCAGCGGCCUUCCGCUUCCUGUGCGACUAUUGCGCGUUGCAUGGAAUUGUGGAUCAGGGCUAUGCAGCAUUAUCAGCGGUGGUCCUUCUUCCAUUCGCGCGUGACAGCAGCACAGAGAUCGUCCUGCCCAGACUGACAUUAAGCCCUGUCCAAAAGUGUAGAGCGAGGCCAUUACAAGGCAAUGAGCACCUCGACCUUGCCUGGGUGCAGGGAGCUCAUCAUCUGGACAAACUCCUCACCCUAAGCUGCAAUACAAGAGGGGUCCACUCCCUGCUCUCAAGUGUCCUCUACGAGCGUGAUAUAGCCUGCAAUGCCGUAGACCCAUGGCUGCAGUCCAUAUUUGCCGUUCUAAGCCCCGUCACCGACACGCGCAUUCUGGCCAACAUGCUGAUGAGGCGAGUUCCGCACCUUGCCUUCCUAUGGCUCGGCGGGGCAAUCUUGGAUAUCCACAGGGAUAUCUUACAAGACGGCCAUUUCGGGCUCAUCCCCACUGACGCCCACGCGGCGGCGUGGUCGCAGACCAUGCAGUCAUUCAUGCAGGAGCCUGUCCACCCAGCAGAGAAUGGCUCCAUUCUGCGCUCCGACGAAUGUCGACUUCUCUAUCUUACGCAGGAGGAGCGUCACACUAGGUGGCCUAUAUGUCAGUGGACGCCGUUCGGCACCACAGCUCUUCAAGACACCGAUAUUGACGUCCGCCUGCAUGCCGACUGCAUCGGGCAUGGUCUUCGAUAUGCGGGCUGGAGGUGGACCUGCCGAGACGGUAGCGUGGUCCAUCAAGUCUCUGAGCCAGGGCCCAGCCUUACACGGGCCUCGCCGCCGAUAGAGCCAGUGAUGCCGGACAUCGCAGUCAACUAUGAAGCUUUCGAACAUGGGAAGGCCCUAUCUGCGUCGGAAAAUGCAACACGGAACAUCUUUGGCUGGCUGCGAGUUGAAGGGUAUGCUCCGGGCGAGCAAGGAAUACGCGAGUGGAUUGAGAUUGACGAAGGGGGUGAAGCUGAUGGUUCGGAUGAUGGCAGAUCGGUUGAGGAAGGUCAAGGGAGAAGCCAUGCACGUGAAGUGCAAGAAUGGAUGUCAAGAUGUGAUACAUAA